AUGAGCUUUUUCGUAGCCACCUCUGCAGACGGUGGUACCAAUGAUGGUCUUCUGCCUUACCUGAUGGCCCUCGAUCAGUAUCAGCUGGAAGAAUUCAAGCUUUGCCUGGAACCCCGUACGCUGAUGGACUUCUGGUCGGCCCCCCAGGGGCACUUCCUGCAUAUCCCCUGGGCAAACUUGAGAGCUGCUGACCCCUUGAAUCUGUCCUUUCUUUUGGAUGAACACUUCCCAAAAGGUCAGGCAUGGAACGUGGUCCUUGGCAUCUUCCACACGAUGAAUCUGACCUCACUAUGUGAGAAAGUUAGAGCCAAGAUGAAAGGGAAUGUGCAGACCCAGGAGCCCCAAGAUGCAACCCAAGAAGAUGCAGAGAUGCUAGAAGCAGCAGCAGGGAAUGUGCAGACCCAGGAAUGCCAAGAUCCAAACCAAGAAGCAGAGCAGCUGGAAGAAGCAGCAGGGAAUGGGCAGACGCAGGGUUGCCAAGAUCCAAAGCAAGAAGAACCAGAGGAGCCAGAAGAAGCAGACCACAGAAGAAAAUACAGAGAGAAAAUGAAGGCUAAAUUGUUGGAGAAAUGGGACGACAUCCCUUGGCCUGAAGACCACGUGUAUAUCCGUAGUACAUCAGAGGAUGAACACCAGGAACUGCAGCACCUGCUGGAUCCUCACGGGACUGGAGCCCAGGCCCAGACCAUAGUCUUGGUGGGGAGGGCAGGGGUUGGGAAGACCACGUUGGCAAUGAAGGCUCUGCUGCACUGGGCAGAUGGAGUUCUCUUUCAGCAAAGGUUCUCCUAUGUCUUCUAUCUCAGCUGCCAUAUGAUGAGGUACAUGAAGGAAACUACCUUUGCCGAACUGAUUUCUCGGGAUUGGCCCAAUUCUGAUGCCCCCAUUGAAGAGUUCAUGUCUCAGCCCGAGAAGCUCCUGUUUAUUGUUGAUGGCUAUGAGAACAUGAUCGCAGUUGAGCCAGACUCUGAUGGGUUGGACGAUGGCCCGCCAUGUACAGACUGGUACCAGGAGCUCCCAGUGACCAAAAUCCUACUCAGUUUGUUGAAGAAAGAAUUGGUUCCCCAGGCCACCUUACUGAUCACGAUCAAGACCUUUUAUCUGACAGAUCUUAAGGGCUUGGUGGUGAAUCCAUGCUUUGUACAAAUGACAGGGUUCACAGAGGAAGACCUGUGGGUCUAUUUCAUGAGACACUUUGAUGAUUCAAGAGAAGUGAAGAAAAUCCUACAACAGAUAAGAAAAAACGAAACUCUAUUUGAUUCCUGCAGUGCCCCCAUGGUGUGCUGGAUUGUAUGUUCUUGUCUGAAGCAGCCGCAGGUGAGGUAUUACGCGCUCCAAUCAGUCACUGAGACCACCACCAGUCUGUACGCCCACUUUUUCACCAACUUGUUCUCCACAGCAGAGGUGGAUUUGGCAGAUGACAGCUGGCCAGGACAAUGGAGGGCCCUCUGCAGUCUGGCCAUAGAGGGGCUGUGGCCUAUGGCCUUCACAUUUAACACGCAGGCCACUCAGCGCGAAGGCCUGGAAGUGCCUUUCCUCGAUUAUCUCUACCAGCUCAAUAUUCUUCAAAAGGUCAGUGACUGUGGGGGUUGCUUUUCUUUCACCCACCCAAGUUUGCAGGAGUUUUUUGCAGCCCUGUCCUUUGUGCUGGAGGAACCUGAAGAAUUCCUUCAGCAUUCCGCAAAGUAUGAAGAGAUGAAGCUGUUACUGCAGGAUGCCUUGGUUAACAAAGAACCCUAUUGGACUCCAGUGGUUCUUUUCUUCUUCGGUCUUUUAAACAGAAACAUAGCGAGAGAACUGGAAGAUACUUUGCAUUGUAAAAUGUCUCCCAGGAAAAUGGAGGAAUUAUUAAAGUGGAAGGAAGAGUUAGAUAAGGCGGAAAGUGCCUCCAUCCAAUUUCAUGUUCUAAGAUUUUUUCACUGCCUACAUGAGUCCCAGGAGGAAGACUUCGUAGAGAAGAUGUUGGAUCACACCUUUGAAGUGGACCUUAAUAUUUUGAGGGACAAAGAACUCAAAGCUUCUUCAUUUUGCCUAAAGCAGUGUAAAAGGUUGAAUAAGCUAAGGCUUUCUGUUGGCAGUCACAUCCUUGAAAGGGACUUGGACACUCUGGACACAAGCAUGGUCAGUUCCAGGAUGCACGCGUGGAACAGUAUUUGCUCUGUGUUGGUCAGAAAUGAGAAUGUGCGUGAACUGGACCUGAGUAACAGCAAGCUCCAUGCCUUGUCCGUGAAAGCUCUAUGUCUUGCACUAAAAAAUCCAAGAUGCAAAGUCCAAAAACUGACGUGCAAGUCGGUAACUCCUGAUUGGAUUCUCAAGGAGCUCAUUCUUGCCCUCCAGGGUAACAGCAAGCUGACCCAUCUGAACUUGAGCUCCAACAAGCUGGGAGAGACUGCCCCCCUGAUUCUUAAAGCCUUGAAACACUCAGCCUGCAAACUCAAGUAUCUGUGGUUGGAAUCCUGUGGUCUUACCCAUCACAUUUGUCAGCAAUUUCUCAUACUCUCCAAGAACUCGAGUCUGAACUUCCUCAGCCUGGGGGACAAUGAUCUCUCUGAUAUGAAAAGCCUGAGGGGGUCCUCCACACUACCAAAGAAUCCCCUGACGGAGCUGUCCCUGGAGAAAUGCAACCUGUCAGGGGCCAGCUGUCAGGACCUGGCCUUGUUCCUGAUCAGCAUCCGACGAGUAACUCGACUGUGCCUGGGAUUUAAUCGGCUCCAAGACUCUGGCAUAAAGCUGUUGGGUGCUGCCCUGACUCACCCCGAGUGUGUCUUGGAGAGGCUGGAGCUCUGGUUUUGCCAGCUGGGAGCACGUGGUUGCAGGCACUUGUCAGACGCUCUCUUGCAGAACAGGACCCUGAUGCACCUGAAUCUGAGCAAGAACUGCCUGGGAGAUGAGGGAGUCAAGUUCCUGUGUGAAGCCUUGCGUCACCCUGAUUGUAAGCUGCAGAGCCUGAAUUUGUCAGGUUGCUCUUUCACAAGAGAGGGCUGUCAAGAGCUGGCUACUGCCCUCAAGCACAAUCACCAUGUGAAAAUCUUGGACGUUGGAGAAAAUGAUCUUGGGGAUGAUGGAGUCAAGCUGCUGUGUGAGGCUCUGAAACCUUCACAUCAUGCUUUGUACACACUUGGGUUGGCAAAAUGCAAUCUGACGACUGCUUGCUGCCCGCCUCUUGUCUCUGUUGUCCGCAGCAGUAAGACCCUGGUCAAUCUGAACCUUCUAGGCAAUGAGCUGGAUCCCGAUGGUGUCAAGAUGCUAUGUAAGGCCUUGAGGAAGUCAACAUGCAGGCUACAGAAACUCGGGUAA